AUGUCUUCGACUCACCGAACCGGCGUCUCAGCCCGCGGCGCAGCUCGAGAAAAUACCCUCACAGCCCCAACAUCAGGCCUCGCGCCGGGUCACGUACAAGCCAAUCUGAUCGUCCUCCCCUCCAAGCCAUCUCACUACGCCCAGGACUUCCGGCGAUUAUGUCUACGAAACCCAGUAGCUCUGCCGCUGAUCGCAGAGGGCGGAUACGAUAGUCUCAAGAGCCAUCUGCCGAAUCUGGAACACGACGAAAUCAUCCGGACCACGCCCGGGUUUGAUCUGAGGCGAGACGUGCCGAAGUACACGGUCUACCGAGAUGGGAAAGUCGUCGGAGAAGAAGUGGUGCAAGAUAUCAGGGCGGAAUGGCAAGACCAUGUGGCUUUUCUGACGGGAAGCUCGUUUACUUUCGUUACGGAUCUGGCGAAGGCAGGGCUUGCUCCGCGCCAGCCUUCUGCACCGCUGUAUGUGGCGACGAAGAAGCACCUGUACCCUUCGGGCAUCUUCUACGACUCCCCGACUGUGGUCUCCAUGCGAGCCUACUCUGCUGCGGAGAUCGGUAGAGUGCGAGAGAUUACUGCUCCCUUUGUAGCCACUCAUGGAGAACCGAUUGAUUGGGGCUGGGGAGCAGUAGACCGUCUCGGGAUAGAAGACAUCAAUACUCCGGCAUACGGGGACGCACCUUUGACGAAGGAUGGCAAACCAUUCGGAGAUGCAGCAUGGACGAGCGAGGUUGUGCCAGUAUUCUGGGCUAGUGGUGUCACGGCACUGGAGGCGGUGAAGAAGGCUGAAUUGGAAGGGACAGUGAUGGUGAAUAAGCCAGAUUACAUGUUACUGCUGGACUGUCAAGUUGGUGACGUGAAGAAGUGA